UCACUUCCGUCCAGGCCGAAAUCCAAGAUGGCUGCGCUCUUGCUGAGACAUAUUGGCCGUCAUUGCUUCCGAGCCCGCGUUAACCCUCAGCUUUCAAUCAGAAAUGCUGUUCCUCUGGGAACCACAGCAAAAGAAGAGAUGGAACGGUUCUGGAAUAAGAACACAAAUUCAAACCGUCCUGUUUCUCCUCAUCUCACUAUCUACAGUUGGUCUCUUCCUAUGGCAAUGUCCAUUUGUCAUCGUGGCACGGGUGUGGCCUUGAGUGGAGGGAUCUCCCUUUUUGGCUUGUCAGCCCUGUUGCUCCCUUGGAACUUUGAGAAUUACUUGGCAUUUGUGAAGUCUCUGUGUCUGGCGCCAGGACUGAUCUAUACAGCUAAGUUUGCAUUUGCCUUCCCCCUCAUGUAUCACACCUGGAAUGGGAUCAGACACUUGAUGUGGGACCUAGGAAAAGGCCUGAAGAUUCCCCAGCUCUACCAGUCAGGAGUGGUUGUCCUGGUGCUUACAGUGCUGUCCUCUGUGGGACUGGCAGCCAUGUGAAGAGCUGCAGUUUCCAGCAGCGGCAGCUUCCUAUGCAUUAUUAUACUGCUUUUUUUUCUGUUACCAUUUUUCUCUCCAGCCAACAAAGUUCUCUGAUGUGUAUAGACACUCUUGUCCUUGUAGACCCCCUUAAAGCUCUGCAGAG